AUGAAGGGACUCAUACAGACAGGAACCAUGAAGGGACUCAUACAGACGGGAACCAUGAAGGGACUCAUACAGACGGGAACCAUGAAGGGACUCAUACAGACGGGAACCAUGAAGGGACUCAUACAGACGGGAACCAUGAAGGGACUCAUACAGACGGGAUCCAUGAAGGGACUCAUACAGACGGGAACCAUGAAGGAACUCUUACAGACGGGAACCAUGAAGGGACUGUCACAAAGACAGAGGAACGAGCCAUAA